AUGGGAUUACACUCAAGAAUAUUUUCGGUUACACUUUUGGUGUCGUUCUUGUUGUUUCUUUCCGUGUCAUCAGAGAGCAACGACGGAACAAUCAGAGUUGGCCUGAAAAAACUGAAGUUGGAUCCUAACAAUCGACUAGCAGAACGCUUUGGUUCCAAGCAAGAAGAAGCCUUAAGAUCCUCUUUAAACAAAUUUCGUUCUCACAACAACAAAAAUCUUGGAGAUAGUUCUGGAGAUGCUGACAUUGUCGCGUUGAAGAACUACUUGGAUGCUCAGUAUUAUGGUCAGAUUGCUAUCGGUACACCACCGCAGAAGUUCACCGUGAUUUUCGACACCGGAAGCUCUAACCUUUGGAUACCAUCAGGAAAAUGUUAUUUCUCGCUGGCUUGUUACUUCCAUGCCAAGUUUAAGUCUUCUCGUUCAAGCACUUAUAAGAAGAGUGGAAAAAGUGCAGCAAUCCAUUACGGUACAGGAUCAAUCUCUGGCUUCUUUAGUUAUGAUUCUGUCACGGUUGGUGAUUUGGUUAUCAAAGAUCAGGAGUUUAUUGAAGCAACUAGUGAGCCUGGUUUAACAUUCUUGGUGGCUAAGUUUGAUGGGCUUCUUGGUCUUGGAUUCCAAGAGAUCUCUGUUGGAAACUCCACUCCUGUUUGGUACAAUAUGCUUAAGCAAGGACUUAUCAAGGAGCCGGUGUUUUCGUUUUGGCUUAACCGUGAUCCAGAGAGUAAAGAAGGUGGUGAAAUCGUAUUCGGAGGCGUUGAUCCAAACCAUUUUAGAGGAGAGCAUACAUAUGUUCCUGUGACACGAAGGGGUUACUGGCAGUUCGACAUGGGUGAGGUUCUCAUUGCUGGUAAAUCUACUGGAUACUGUGAAAGUGGUUGUUCAGCAAUAGCGGAUUCUGGAACAUCUUUACUAGCCGGGCCAACGGCUGUGAUUGCCAUGAUAAACAAAGCUAUUGGAGCAUCUGGAGUUGUUAGCCAACAAUGCAAGACUGUUGUUGAUCAGUAUGGACAAACCAUUUUGGAUUUACUUUUGGCCGAAACGCAACCAAAGAAGAUAUGUUCACAAAUAGGUGUUUGCACAUUUGAUGGCACCCAUGGGGUCAGUAUGGGGAUUAAGUCGGUGGUGGACAAGGAAAACACAAAACCACCUAGAGGUCUUAGAGAUGCCGGUUGUCCUGCAUGCGAAAUGGCGGUUGUGUGGAUGCAGAGCCAAUUGAGACAGAAUAUGACUCAAGAGCGCAUAAUGAAAUACAUCAAUGAGGUAUGCGAACGCAUGCCAAAUCCCAACGGAGAGUCUGCUGUCGACUGCACAAAGCUCUCUACGAUGCCUACUGUUUCAUUCACCAUUGGAGGCAAAGUCUUUGAUCUUGCUCCAGAAGAGUACGUACUGAAGAUUGGAGAAGGACCAGUGGCACAAUGCAUCAGCGGCUUUACCGCACUUGACAUUGCUCCACCUCGUGGACCUCUCUGGAUUUUGGGAGAUGUGUUUAUGGGAAAAUACCACACUGUCUUUGACUUUGGUAAUGAGCAAGUUGGGUUCGCAGAAGCUGUGUAA